AUGGCUCACCAGGAAGGAUGGCCGCUUGGGUUGAGACCAGUAAAUGCAAGAAUCGGAGGACUCACAAGAGGAACUCAUCAUCAUCGUCAUCAUCAUGAACAAGUUUCUGCUGGUUCCAUCUCCUUCAGCUCUCUUCUCUCUCCUUCUCCCUCCUCUCACUCUUCAUCUGAUCUUGAUUCCCAGUCGAUGGGAUCAUUUUUUCGCGAUAGGAGCUGCACACUAGGAAACCUAAUCGGGAUAUCAAGCUUUCUAGAACUUUCAAGAAGAUCAAACCGAACAAGGAUUGACCAAACAACUUCUAGAAACCAUCAACGUCAGAAGAACCUCAAUUCUUACAAGCCAUGGAUUUUCUCUAUUUGUUCCAAACUAAGCACAAAUGCUACGGUCAUUCCACACAACAAGAUAACGAACGAAGACCAUGGUCGGAACAAUGCGCAGUCUCUCGGACAUUUCCUCAUGGUUGAGAGACGAGCCAUCGGAUCAACCACACGGUCCACACCGACUAUGUGA